CUUACGGUAUGUUACCGUCGUGCACCGCAUUGGCGCGACACCCCUGGGCGCUGUGAGAUGAUUGAGUGAACUAGUAGGGGUGAGAUCGGAUUCAGCUUUUGCAUACAUGCGAUCCUUUCUCAUUGGAGGAGCCCAGGGCCAUGGCGGCGAGCAGCUGAUUGAGCUCAUUCCUCAUUUCAAGCAGGAUGGCCACCUCCUCGAGUCUAUUGAGAAGCACUCUUGCUCAAGCCUUUGCCAUUGGCCCCUCUCGUCUUUCUGAUGGGAUUUGCGGCCACAAUGGUACCCGUCCUGUGCUCCCUCAGCUGCCCCCCUCCACACCCCGGCGUGCUCCGCACGGGCUUUCGCCGCUGCCCAGUCGAGGGGGCCCAUGUUGCAUGGCGGGGGAUGCAGCGCAGGGGCUGACGUACCGGGACGCUGGCGUGGACAUUGAUGCGGGGGCGGAGCUGGUGCGCAGGAUUGCCAAAAUGGCCCCCGGGAUUGGCGGUUUCGGGGGCUUGUACCCUUUUGGCGACUCGUACCUGGUGGCGGGCACGGACGGCGUGGGCACCAAGCUGAAGCUGGCGUUUGAGAUGAACAAGCACGACACCAUCGGCAUCGACCUGGUGGCCAUGAGUGUGAACGACAUCGUGACCAGUGGGGCGCAGCCUCUCUUCUUCCUCGACUACUUUGCCACCAGCCACCUCGAUGUUGAUCAAGCGGAGCAGGUGAUUGCGGGGAUUGUGGAAGGCUGCCGCCAGUCUGAGUGUGCCUUGCUGGGAGGGGAGACCGCGGAGAUGCCCGACUUUUACAGCCCCGGGGAGUACGACCUCAGCGGCUUUGCCGUGGGCUCUGUGGCCAAGGCGGCUCUGAUUGACGGCUCGCGCAUUGCUGCGGGGGACGUCCUGCUGGGGCUGCCCUCCUCGGGGGUGCACUCCAACGGCUUCUCCCUCGUGCGCCGGGUGCUGCAGGUGGCAGGUGCGUCCCUGAGCGACCCCCUCCCGGGCGCCGAGCCGGCGUGUACCAUUGGGCAGGCCCUGCUCGAGCCCACCAAGAUCUACGUCAAGCAGGUGCUGGGCUACCUGGCUCGCGUGCCCAUCAAGGGCAUCGCCCACAUCACGGGCGGCGGCUUCACCGACAACAUCCCGCGUGUGCUGCCCGCGAGCCUGGCCGCCCAGGUGGACAUGGCGGCCUGGCAGGCCCCGCCCAUCUUCACGUGGCUGCAGCAGGCGGGCGGCAUCUCGGAUGCGGAGAUGCGGCGGACUUUCAACCUGGGCAUCGGCAUGGUCCUCGUCGUGGAUGCGGCCGCCGCGGCUGACCUGCUGGCGAGCAGCAGCGCCGCCGAGCCGGUGGUGCGCCUCGGGGAGGUGGUGCCGGGGGAGGGCGUCCUGUACGCGCCAUGGUGACAGCCAGCGGAAAGGCGGCCUGGCAAGCGUGAGUAGCGGACAGCAGCACACGAGCGUCCAUCGCAUACGGCGAAUUAAGCGGGACCAUAGGACUCUAGCCCCUGCCUGGAGCGUCUGUAAGCGAGCUGUUGUGGACCUCUGUAAUAGGCAGCUACAGAGUCUUCAGCACCUGAGGAGAACUAGGCAAACGUUAUAGACUGGCUUUGACAUGCUUUUGGAACGUCCCGUCAAAAAUCGAGCGCUGCAGUCCUCAGCUCUAUUUUGUAUCUCCGCCACAGUUGACCUGCCAGCUGCACGCCGUACCUCAUGCCUUACCUCAAGUCCA